AUGCCUUCGCUCGAAGUCCCCGAGACCGGGCUGUCUCUGCAGAGAGAUGGCCCCGGAACCGACUCUACCCUCAAAUCUACCCAAAUUAUGCGGUUGAACCUUGCCCAGAGCACGCUCGACGACCUCAUUCAAAGCCUCCGUGCUGACCAACCAGCCCGAAUCCGACUGGGGAAGCACCAGACCCUCUACUACGGCUCCAAGUCCCACCAUUUCCACUCCACCCCCGAGUCAAUUCGAUCCGAGAUCUACACUAGGAAUACCGGCGAGAAUGGGAAACUAUAUUUCACAGGUGUCUUGAGCCACAGCUUGGAGGUCCAGAGGGCCAAGGAGGCUACCGCAGCCACCGACCAGGCCCUGGCAAAUCUCGAGCAGAGCUUGAAUGCCUUUGAAAGAGGAAAGGAAUCGAAGAAGACCCACAUCAUAACCAACAUCGAGGAGGUUCGGGCGUUGCGAGCGGGUGACAGCCGCUCAAGCACCGGCAAACAGGCUGCGAUGCUUGCCCGCAUGCCCUCGAGCAAAAUCGAGCUGGAGAAAGAUAGACUUCUCAAAAAUAAGUCCAAUGCCAACCGCUCCGUCACGUCCAGCCCGGCUUUAGGUGUUGCUCGCUCUCCGAUCUCGGUCCCUCCCCUUACUCCUACCUCCGCACCCCUCUCCCAGAACAAGGACCGUAUUCGGCUCGACGCCCUCAAGGUCCCCUUUAUUCACCUCCUCGCGGUUCGCGCCGUGUCCACCAAAUUUCUCGCCCGUCAGACCCGUUCAUCCGUCGAGGACUGCACAGAAUUGGCCCGAAAAUACGGUACUGAGAAUCGAAUCAACCCAGAGAAGUUCGAUCUGAAGGAUAAAACAUACAGGGACCUGGAUGUCUGGAAUUUUCCCUACCCAUCUCAGGAAGACAGGCAGGAAGCUAUCGAAAAUGCCGUCUCGGCCUUUGAUCGGAUGAGAAUUUCACGCUCCGACAAGCUAUGGCAGAGCUUACUCCCCAAAGAUGAGCGUGGAAAGGGCAAGUGCCUCUCACGGCUGGACUUGCGAACAGGCCCAAUUAAGAAGUCCCUCACCCCGCGGGUACAAAUCUCGGACGAGAAUGGGAAAGAAGGAUACACCACCAGCCAGGAAACCGAAAAGCCUGUGAGCAAUGGCUCAAAUGCCAAGACUGCGGAGCAGCCCACGCCAACCCCUAAGCCUGGUGUGAAUAUGCAGAAGAAACGACCCGACAAGGAUUCAGCCGCGAAGAGACUGCCUGUUAAAGCUAAGACUGCUGGUAACAGUACUUUGACCGGACGUAUCACGAAAAAGACCAAAGCGCCGGCGAAACCAGAAACCAAAUUCAAGUCGGCCGAGUAUGUCCACGAUUCGGACGAAGACGAUACUGAUAUGCCGGACGUAUCUUCGUCUGAAAAGCCUCAGCCACCACAGGCCAAACCCAAACCCAAGCCAUCGAGCAGACCUGCCGAGCCAAGUGCUCCCAAGGACACUUCGCAUACCCCGACCCCCAAAGUCGAGCAGCCGGAAAAGCCAACCCCCAAGGCGGAGCCAUCCUCCCAAGCCUUCAACAACAAGCCCUCUGCAACCAAGCGACUACCUACCGCCCGCCCACCUGGCCAAACCUCUCCCCAAAAGCCGUCGCCUCUCGGUUCCUCCCCACCAGCCAACGCCUCCGACCUGCAGAGUCGGAGUCGUUCGUCCAGUCAGAACAAUUCAUCCAGCUCCUCAUCCUCUCCCUUGAUAACCCAGCUAGCUCGUCCGCGCAUCAAUACGGUGACGCAUGCGAAGCCACCAGCGAAGCCAAACGGGGUUACUCGACCCAGUGAAGCGAUGAAUCCGUUAAAACGCAAGGCAGAGCGGGAGCGACCUUCAUUUCAGAGUACUGGCCGUACCGCGAUGGACCUGGAGCACAAGCGACGACGGGCAGUGAGCACUUCGAGUGGCAGCACUGGGAGUGCAUCCCCUCCCCUCAGUCGUGAGCUGCUGAUGCAGCAAUUACGGGAGAAGUCACAGAAGUUUAAACGGUAUUAUGCCAAGUACCGUGCGUUGCAUGAUGCAAUGGCAUCACAUUCAGACCCGCCGCGGGCGGAGUUGGAGAAACUACAACGACAGCAUGUCCAGCUUCAGCGCAUGAAGAAUGAAAUUUGGGAUGAAGACCGACGGCUACGAGACGGACUUGGAUGA